AUGGCCAAGGAGAAAAAUUUCAACCCUGUCCAAGCCCAGCGCAAGGCCGACAAGGCCAAGGCGUUAAAAAAGGGCAGAGCCGAAGCCCGAGGCCGCCGCGACGAGAGGCUAGCACGCAAGAACCCCGACCGUCUGCAGAAGCAGAUUGACGACCUGAAGGCCAUCAGCACCAACGGCGGCGCCCUCAGCAAGAACGAGGAGCAGAUCCUCGACGGGUUGGAGAAGGAGCUCAAGGCCGUCAAGAAGGCCCGCGAGGCACUGGGUGACAAGGCCCCCGGCCCUUCCUCCCCUUCCUCCUCGCACGGUCCCCGUCGUGACGGCGGGCGCGUGCUGGGCAAGAGGCGCAGAGACGGGCAGCAUGCCUUCUCCAGCGACGACGACGACGACCGAGAUAUCCCCGAGGAGGUGCGCGCCAUCCCCAUGCCGCGCGACACGCCGCCACCCAUACCGAAGGAGGUCAUGGAUCAGUGGUACGCCAAGAGGAGGGCUAGGAGAGAGGCGGCGGCGGCGGCGGCGGCGGCGGCCAACAAGCCAGAUGGUGGUGGCGGUGAUGGCGAGGGAGAGAAGAAGGACAAGGAGCCGACCACGGCCGCCGCGGAGACAAAGACGGUGUACUCUGCUGAGCCGGUGCGGAGAGAUCUGCAGAAGGAGGCCGUGGCCGCCUUCGUACCCUCCGUCGUGCAGCAGAAGAUGAUGAAGGGUCAGGGUAAGGGCGGGCUCAUGGAGCCCGAGGAGGCCGACAGGCUGGAAAGAGAGGGAUAUCUCAAGGCCGGGGGACGCGGCGAGCCGACGGCGGGCCAGGGGUCGCGUACCGUCACCAUGGAGGAGGUGGAUGAUGAAGAGGGCUGA